AUGCUGAAAAUCGAAAACUACAUCGGCGGAAAUCUGGUCAAACCCGUUUCCGACAACUAUCUCGAUAACUUCAAUCCGGCAACGGGUGAAGUUUACUCAUUAAUUCCCGAUUCGGACGAACGCGAUGUCGAAGCGGCGGUCGAAGCCGCAAAAAAAGCAUUUCCCGUUUGGUCGAAAAUGCCUGCCGAAGCCCGUCACGACAUAUUGAUGCGCGUUUCAGCUUUGAUCGAACGCGAUCUGGAUUUGCUUGCAGAAGCCGAAAGUAUCGACAACGGCAAGCCGAAAAGUCUGGCGAAAACGGUCGAUAUUCCGCGCGCGGUUUCAAAUUUCAAAUUUUACGCGACCGCCGCGAUGCAUUUUGCGUCCGAAUCACACGAAACGACGGGACAAGCGAUAAAUUACACGCUUCGCCAACCGCUCGGUGUGGUUGGCUGUAUCAGCCCUUGGAAUCUUCCGCUUUAUCUUUUUUCGUGGAAGAUCGCGCCCGCGCUUGCGGCAGGCUGUUGCGUCGUCGCCAAACCUUCUGAAAUUACGCCGAUGACGGCUUAUCUGCUUUCAAAACUCUGCAUCGAAGCCGGCUUGCCUGACGGCGUUUUAAAUAUCGUUCACGGACUCGGAACCAAAACGGGCGCGGCAAUCGUGACAAACAAAGACGUAAAAGCGAUUUCAUUCACGGGCGGAACGGCGACAGGCGAAUGGAUUGCGCGUGAAGCCGCGCCGAAAUUCAAAAAACUUUCGUUAGAACUCGGCGGCAAAAACCCGAACAUUAUUUUUGCCGAUUGC